AUGGACUCCGGCGUGUACACGGACAAGAAAGGCUUUACUUUCACCAUCGACAGCAUUCUAAGCGGUGCCUUUGAGAACACAGAGAGAAGCAAGAUUCCCAGUCUGGAGAACGCUUACGUCUCAACUCUUGAAGCACAUGGAGAGAAAUCUGCAAUGAAUCAUGAAUCAGUGAAUCAAAUGGACGGCCGAACGUGCAUGAACUGCUGCUGUUGUUCACACUGUGGAGAGAUUCUGCACACCGCUGCCAGUUGUCAUGUUGUUUGGAGUAAGAGGAUUCUGACAGAAACAGGCUCACCUGGAGACAGUCAUAUUCAGAGGAGAGUUCGUCGCCAUCGAACCAUCUUCACAGAAGACCAGCUGGACGCUCUGGAGGAACUCUUCAGACAGAACCAGUACCCAGACAUCAACACCCGAGAGCAGCUGGCUGAACAGACACACCUGCGAGAGGAGAGAGUGGAGGUGUGGUUUAAGAACCGAAGGGCCAAAUGGAGACGACAGAAGCGGCUUCCGUUCAGCAUACGCACACAAGGCGACUGGAAAAAUGUCCUUCAUAGUGACUGA